AGUAUUUGGAUUCCACUGAACCUAUAUGUCACUACAUAAUUCUUUAGAGAUCACGAUUGACCUAGCUGCAGUCGACCUCGCAGGAGGAGAGGACAAUUCAGCCUUUUGGAGCAUGGAGUAGAAAACUAGUCGAAAUUGUCCAUGAUCUUCGUCAACAUCUCCUUGACAAAGUGGUCGAAGCAGGCGAAUCGUAUCAAUAAUUCCGUUGUCGCGAGAGACCAAAGACAAAAAUUCUCACCGUCGAUCUCAAGCCGUCCACGUUUCCAUGUGACGGGCCACAUACGACCAACGGAGUUUCAGAGUGAUGAGCCACGAGCUGAGGAGUGAUGUGCCAGGAAAAGAAACGAAAAAAGACACCGAGGAGUUAGGCAGGCGAGGCGAAGCAGGGGAGGAGAGGAGAGAUCAGAGAUGAGCGGGGACGAAGGCGACAAGGCCAAGGCCGGCGGUGGCGGUGGCGGUGGCGGAGGGGAGUACGGGACGUUCCAGGGCCCGCCCAGCUACCCGCCCCCGCGCCCCCCGGUCGUCGGGUACCCGCAGCCCGUCCAGCCCCCCGGCCUCGUCGGCCAGCGCUACUCGCGCAACCGCGGAGGGUACCACUCCGGGGCCGCUCAAGAUACCGAGGCAGGUGUACGUGGACAUGGUUACGAUCGCCUUCCUUGCUGUGGGUUGGGCAUUGGCUGGGUUCUAUUCAUACUCGGUUUUAUCUUUGGUGCCAUUCCCUGGUAUGCUGGAGCACUUCUGCUGUGUUUUUACAAAAGGGAUCGCAGGGAGAAACCAGGAUUUAUUGCAUGCGCAGUAGCGGCUGUCAUAGGUACAAUUCUCAUCAUCAUCGCGGUAGUUGUACCCUCUGAAGUCCGGGUUCAUCAUUAUUGAUGGCACAACUGUACAUAUUGUACAUUUCACAAAUGAAUAAAGACUUCCAUAUCAUGUCUUCUGCGAUGUA